AUGCCUCCCCUAAAAAUCAUAGUCACGGGCAAAUCAUCCGUCACCCAUGCCCCAGAACUUGCCACCCUCAGAUUCUCAGUAAAGGGAAAUGGCUCCGAGCAAGACAAAGUCGCCAAGGAAGUGUCAAGUUUAUCGAGCAACCUACAAACCUGGAUCAAAUCAGCCUUUCCCUCCUCUGCCGACAAUGAGCCCGAUGCCCCUAUGACAAAAUUCUCAUCCACGAACAUCAGAACCUGGACAAAGUCAACAGGUAGACACGACCAGCCCUUGCCAAAUCCAUACCAUGCCAGUAUAUCCUUCAAAGCCGUCUUCCGGGACUUCGCAGAGUUGAACCACGCGAUCGAAGAAUUGCUGGUUUAUCCCAAGGUGGAGAUCGACAGCCUGGAUUGGAGUCUCACCGACGAAACCGGCAGACGACUGGCUUCGGAUGCACGCAAAUUGGCACUGCGCGAUGCUAUCCAGCAAGCUGAUGAUUACUCGGAAGUGCUCGGACGCUCUGUUUCCGUGGUGGAAAUUUCCGACCAACAAGCGAGUCCCUACAGGACUAGACAACUUAUUGGUGCUUGCAAUAGUACUACUCUCUUUGGGGAUGACUCUCCGGCGCUGGACCUCACGCCUCAGGAUAUUGAUGUCGAAAGCCAGGUUAAUGUCACUUUUGAAGCUGCGUGA